CUUGAUUUUUAAAGGAAACCGGAAGUAGACGCGGGAGGUUUGUGGAGGUGACCGAAUGGCAGAUAGUACACUAUUUCUGUAAACAUUUCUUUUUCUAGCGAGAAAAACAUUCAGCGAUAAAUCUAUUUUAGCCUUCGGCGAGCCAGCAUCACCGUUGCUAUGGGCGCUCACCUGGUCAGGCGGUAUGUCACUGAAACGGACACCGAGCCGGACCCUGCCAAGAAGUUCGAGUUCGACCCGGAAUUCGGCUUCGAAGAGAGGAAAGAGAGAGAGAUGAUUGCAACCCAGGAUCAGAUGAACCUGGCCCAGCUGCCUGUGGGGCAGAGAGAUUACUGCGCCCACUACUUGCUGAAGCUCAUGAAGUGUAAGAGGGACAACUGGCCCAACUUCCUGGCCUGCAAGCACGAGAGGCACGACUGGGACUACUGUGAGCAGCAGGAUUACGUGAUGCGUAUGAAGGAGUACGAGAGGGAGAGGAGGCUCCAGCUGAGGAAGAAAAGGAUUGAGGCCAAGGCUGAAGCUGCAUGAUCAAGAAACCCGCUGACUCUACUUCUAUGUAUAUACACCUGCUAUUGUUCUCAUUAAACAAUAUUAAUCAAG